UUUCCAACUCUCCUCCCAGCUGUCUUUCACACACGACCAAACCCAUUCUCCUCUUCACCUCCGCCUAUAAAACCCCCGCUGCUCUUGUUCCUCUCCGGCGACAACAUCACAAGAGCUAGCUACGUAUCCGUCCCAAGCAUCCCUCCCUUGGUUCCUAAGCCAGAGUUUGUUCUUUUCUCUGAUCGAUUGAGGCCAUGACGUCGUGGGCGGACCAGUGGGACACCGGCGCCGACCCCAGCCCUCGUCGCGGCAGCGGCAGCAGCGGCGAUGGGAAGAAGCAGGGUGGCGACCGCGUCGAGAAGACCAAGGCGGCUGCGGCGACCGGACUGAAGAAGGUUAAGGCGGGCACUGCGCAGGGCUUCCAGUGGAUCAAGGACAAGUACCACCGGAAGAAGAACGCCGGCGGCGGCUCCCAGAUAGCGGCUGGGUACUGAUGGAUUCGAUCGAUCGUCACGAGGAUCCGAGACGUGCGAUUAUACAGGAUGUAAUUAAGUAGUACUGCGAUUAGGCUGGUCCUGCAGCUUGCGGUUCGUGUGUCUGUAUAUUCGGUAGCUUGACCGGUUAGUAGAGAUUUUUUUCGCUAAA